ACAAAUGAAAACACAGGCAUCAGCGUGAGUGCGGUUGUUGAAUCAGAAUCAGCGAAUCACCACUCUCCAUUCUCCAACUCCUAAGACUCAAACCCCUCUCUCACCCCCCCACACUCUUUGAAUACUGAUUUUGUACUUCUAUUACUGGAUUGGACUGUGGCUUUUUAGAAAAGUGCGAGGAUAUUUUCAAAGUCAUAGUCUCAUUCUUUUUUUUCCUCCUAUAUUCUCUGGCAACGCUCGGAGCAAUUUCGCUCCGAAUUACUUUUUCCUUACGAGUGAAGAGAAAAUGGCGUCAUGGAAUUCUCUUCCAUUCGAAAUCAGCUACCAGGUUUUCGGUUGGAUCGCUUUCUUUUCUUGGUCCUUUAGCUUCUACCCACAAGUCAUCUUGAACUUCAGGAGGAAAAGUGUCGUGGGGUUGAAUUUCGACUUUUUGAUUCUGAAUUUUACGAAGCACUCUUCGUAUCUCAUCUACAACGCUUCUCUUUUCUUUAGUCCUUUUAUUCAGAGGCAAUACCGCGAGAAGUAUGGCUAUUCACAGAUGAUCCCUGUAGCUGCAAAUGAUGUAGCAUUCUCAAUGCAUGCUGUUCUAUUGACAACCAUUACCUUGUACCAAGUUCUAAUCUAUGAUCGUGGAAGCCAAAAGGUCUCAAAAACUUGUAUUGCAAUCACAUCUGCUGUCUGGGUUUCUGCCAUAGUUUGUCUAUUCAUAGCAUUGCCAAACCACUCAUGGCUUUGGCUAAUCUCUGUCUUCAAUACAAUUCAAGUUGUCAUGACAGUGAUCAAAUACAUUCCCCAGGUUUUAAUGAACUUUAUGAGAAAGAGCACUGAAGGGUGGAGCAUUGGAAACAUUUUACUUGAUCUACUUGGAGGUUUGACUAACUAUGCGCAGAUGGCUAUGCAGUCUAUAGACCAGGGUUCUUGGGUUAACUUCUAUGGAAAUAUAGGGAAGACCCUCCUUUCCUUGGUAUCAGUCUUCUUCGACCUUCUUUUCAUUUGCCAACAUUAUCUGUUGUAUCCUUCUUCUAAGAAGGAAGAGAUUUAUUUUGAGGUUGAUUCAGAAAACAGAGCACCACUCACCAAGCCCUCUGAGCCUUCCCAGUCAGAAAAUGUUUGAAGCCUGUUUUGACAUGGCAUGUAAUUUGGCAAAAGGGUUGAAAUAUUUCAAGAACUAAAAUAUACAGUAAUUGUGUUUAUGUUCUAAUUGUAUAACCAGGUAUUGAUAUUUCCCCUCUUUCCUCUUUGUUUUUUAGUGUCUUUACAUCUUGUAAAUAUGCAUUUAUAUUUUCUUUACUUCAUGAUCAUUGUACUGAGAGAAAAGAGAAUAGAGGGUUUUUGGUGGCUAGAUA